AUGAGAGCCGGGGCAAGGGGCCCAAGUGCUAUGAUUGCGGGGAGUUUGGUCACGUUGCCCGGAAGCGAGAAAACCGCCCCCUGUACCGCCGAGCAGGAUGGGUCGGCGGAACCGCUUAACCAAGAUUUGGAGGAGAAGACCCGGGCAAUGCUUGAGGACUCGGGGCUGGCCAAAGAGUUGGUUUUUGAGGCCCGAGCAUUCCGCCACGUCCCCAAGCAGCGGAGGCGUAAGCUAGAUCCGGUGAGCGAGCGUUGUGUGUUCGUGGGGUACGAGCCGGAUUCGAAGACGUAUAGGUUGCUCCGGGACCGUGACGGGAAUUUGAUCACCUCCCGGGACGCCAUCAUUGACGAGGGGAGCGAUGGGUUGUCGAGCUCGGCUCCGACCCCACGGACGGUUCCCAGACGGCGGAGAGUCACGGCGCACAAGUUCACACGUUGGCCCAUGAGGGGGCCAAAAGUUGAAUCUCUGCGCGAGGGCGACGCGGCCGCCGCGCGCGCUUUCACAAACGGGCCAAACUGA